AUGGCUAAUCAUAUCGACGCCGAAGUUUUCGCCUCCGAUUCGAAGUCUCCUUCAGCUUCUUCUGAGCAUAGGUUUGAGGUCAAUGGGGUUUUGGACUUCGGAGAAUUUCAAGAUACAGAGCCGAUUGAUGAUAGCUCGUUACUUGAAACCCCAUUUCAAAAGCUCUACGACGAUACGGAGCUAGUAGAUAACGGAGAUUGUGGUGAUAGCGAAGAAACACUAGACCAGGAAUGUGGCGGUCUCGACGAAGUGGUGGAUGAUAGUGAGGAUGAAGAUGGAGGACAUGGAAGUGUCGCUGCUUCUGAUUCGACAUGUUUAAAGGAGGGAAGCCUCAAAGCUGCAGAUAUACUUUUGGAGUCUGAUGGAUCCAAUGAUCACGAAUGUCAGAGAGGAAAGCACGAAUCAAAUUGCGAUAUCGUGACCGGUUUCCAAGCUUCUUCGCUGAUUACUGCUGAUCGUCAAGGUCCAAGGCUGGAUUAUUUGGAUUCUCAGGAACCAGGAGAGUCAACACAAGCAGAUGCACUUGGUUUUGUGGACAACUUUUUGAUGGACAAAGAUCUAAAUUUGUCACCAGCGAAUCUCCCGGAAACUAGCCGGAGAAGGAAGUCGCCUCCUUUCUCAGGUGCAAAAGGACGUCAGUCUCUGGCCAAAAGAAUCAAGACAAGUAGUCCAACCAAGAAAAUGAGAGUCUUUGAUUGGGAUAGCGAUCAGUGUGAUGUGAGUUGCCCUCAAAACUCUCCAGUCAUUCGUGCAAACAUUACAUGCUACAAGAAAAGCGAAGAUCAUGUUAACGAUGAUGAUCCUGGGGUGAAGAAAGGAUCUAUGGAUCCGUCUGAGAAUAGAAGUUUCCCAACUCAGCCCACAGAGAGAGUAAUGCAGAACAGUUCUGCUAAACAUCACAAGGUGGAACAAACAUCGGGUUUGAGUCAGAGCAUUAUGUUAAUGUCACAGAAGGAUGCUCAGCUGGAGGAUAAAGCGUCAACAGAACAGUUGGAACCUGAGGAAGAUUUUAUUGAUGUCGGUAUUAGCACUCAGAUUGCCGCUGAAGCAAUGAGUGCUUUACUGUAUGCUCCCUGCACUAGAGAAGAAGCUCAUGAAUCAGAAAUGAGGGAUCAAGACAGUAAUCUCUAUAGAAAGAAGAAGGAUACCAUCAGUGAUGAUAGACCUGAAAAAGACAACAGGAGUGAUCUGCGUAGUGCUCCAAGCAAGAAGAGAAACUCCGAGAAGAAGGAUAAAUUCACUAGAAAAGAGAGAACCGCUACAAACGUCUCAGCUAUAACAUGUCUUCUCAACUAUUGUGAAUGGAGGCAUCCUAGGGCCAAAAGAUCACGUCUUACACAAAGGCACCACGUCCCACCUAGGAAACCUUGGGGUGCUAGUUCAGCUAAAGACAGAAGCAAGACCAACACUCGGUCAAGUAGGUUACGAGUAUCAUUAAGUGGGACAAGACAAGCCUCCUCUUGCCAAUCAGGUGUAUUGGAUGUUGCAAACCAUGCAUCUCCAAGGGAAAUAUAUGGCGGAACUCAUGAAAGAUCUUGUAAAAAAGAUUUGGCUAGGCCAUUUCUUCUGAAGGAGAUCACAAGGCUUGGAGGAUCAGGAAAGGUAGAUAACUUCAUGUGGAAAGACUUGAGGAGACGAAGAAACAUGGCACAUGUUCGAGUCUUAUUCAGCCAUAAUCUGGAUGAUGAAACAAUCAAGCAGCAGACGAAGAUCAUGGUUCGUCUGGGAAUUACUCCGGCAUCUUCCUUGGCAGACUCAACACACUUCAUAGCAGAAAGGUUUUCUCGGACAAGGAAUAUGUUGGAAGCCAUAGCCCUUGGUAAACCUGUGGUCACACCUCUGUGGCUGGAAAGCUGUGGACAAACAAGAUGCUUGAUAGAUGAGAAGAAUUACAUCCUAAGGGAUAUCAAAAAAGAAAAAGACGGGUUCUGCAUGCUUACAUCUUUGUCCCGUGCGAAGCAGCAUCCCCUUCUUAAGGGGUUAAAAGUCUACAUGACACCCAACAUUAAACCCGACAGGCGUAUGCUUGCCGACUUAGUGAAGUUGACUCAAGGGCAGGUAGUGGAGAUAAGUGAGAUAAUUGCUGCAGAGGAUAGCAAAAUUCCAGAUGAUGUAUUGAUUCUUUCUUGCGAAGACGAUAGAGAUUUCUGUCUUCCUUUCAUUAAUCAAGGGGCUGAAAUUUACACCUCAGAGCUUUUGCUAAAUGGAAUUGUGGUUCAGAAACUGGAUUAUGCCAGGCAUUGUCUCUUCUAA